UUGGCCGGCACGCUGCCAGUCGCGUUCCAAUUGGUGCCGGCGCCCACCCAUCUCCUGGUUCUUUCCCUCCCGGCGCCCCUUGCGGUGCCCGAUGCCUAGCAACAAGAAGCGCCGGCGGCUUUCCCAGCGUGCCUCGCGCGCCUGCGGCUUGGCCUGCUUUCCCGGCGUGCCUCGCGGCCGGCACUGGCUUUUCCCGUCACCGCCCGCGGCGCGGGGCGCUCCGGUGACAAAAUGGCCGCCCAAGGGGAGCGGGGGGAGGCGGUGCCGCGGGGCCCCGGCGGGGAGGGCGGCGGCGGCGGUGGUGUUAAUGUUUUUGCAAACGAUGGCAGCUUCCUCGAGCUCUUCAAGCGCCGCAUGGAGGCCGAGCAACGCGGACGGGCCGCGCCCGACACCGCGGGGCCCGGGGCUGAGGCCGGGGCCGGGAGCGGCGCUGAGCAGCCGCCGCAACAGCAACAACAGCACCAGCAGCAACAGCCCCCGGCGGCGGCGGACGGGAGGAAAAAGAGCGGCGGCGCGCUCGGCUUCCUUUCCACAGAGCAAGUGCCCAGCUCCUGCCACCACUUUGUGGUCGUAAAGCCCAGCAGCUGCCUCACCCUGGGGGUUGGCCGGCGGCGAGGGGGCAACAAGCUGGCCCUGAAGACGGGAGUGGUAGCAAAGAAACAAAAGAUGGAGGAGGAGGUCCUGACGAGUAAAGGGGAUGCCUGGGCCAAGUACAUGGCUGAAGUGAAGAAGUACAAGGCUCAUCAGUGUAGUGACGAUGACAAAACCCGCCCCCUGGUGAAGUAGCUGCUUGCUGUGGGGCCUGGCCUGGUCUAGAUCUAGCCCCAGCCCUGGUCGCCAGGACUUUUGUGUGUUGUACAUACUUAUUUAAGGUGGAAAGGCGUGUGCUGCCCCUCGCCGGUGCCUCCCUGCCCAGCUGCAGCUGCCUGAUGAUGGGGAUCCCUGUUUUCUAUGACUCUCCCAGGAGCCAGGACUCCGGCGCUCCCCCCUCCCCCCCUGCCAGUGCGGCUCCCCGGACAAUCGCAUCAGUGGCCCAUGGCAUAGCCUGCCCAUCCUGCUGGGACCCAGCUUCCCCCUGCCCUCUUGUUCCCUCCGUGCUGGAGCAGGGGCAGGUGCUGCAUUCAUUCCCAGUCAUUAAAGACCUUGGAUCUUCCUAAGCUACUGACUUCUUUGUGGAGGUGCCUGGUGCUGUACAUUCCCUGCCUGCACCCAGGAGUCAAGGGGUAGGUGCUCCCAGGCUCCUGCAACUGCCUCAUCUGUCUCCUCUUCAUCUGGAGGCAUCGGUCUCCACCCCUUGGAAUCACCCAGCACCUGCCCUGCUUGGGGGGAGCCCAGUCCUGCCAGCCCGACAGACCCUGGCAGUGACAGCUCCAGCCACAGAAAGCCUCAGUGGUGCGGAUGGGACCUAUUACAUGAGAACUGCUUCUGCUGCCAUCUCACACCCCCCUGGAGGAAGAGGAUGGCCAGCCCCCAGAAACUCAGGCAGGCCUGGCUCCUUGGCUGUUCCAAGCCCUCACCCUGGAUGCUUGUGGGGGAGCCCCACUUACACUGCACCAGUGAUGUUGCUCUCUAGUGAAGACACUCCUCACCCCCCCACCCCCCUGUAGUGGGGGAAGGAAAAAGGGGGUAUGGGGAUCCCAGCCUAUUUAGUCAAGGCAGGGGGGGCAGCUGGGAGCUACUGCUUGGUGCUCAAGCCUUAGAACAGCUUCCCCCCCCACACACCCUCCCCCACUGUACCCUUGGCCCCUGGAGCUCCUCUUUUUUUCUCCUGAAUUUUUCUGGCCCCUUGUCCCUAAGGGAGCCCUAGUACACCUCAGCAGCCCCCAUAUCCUUGUACUCUCCUCUGCACCAAGCCACCCAUGUGUUCUUACUGCACCGGCUUUUUAAAAUAAAACCCCGUUGUACAGA